GUACUUUGGUGCCUACAAUAAUACAUCGAUCAUUUCCCCGUUACAUCGUUAGGCUGAAGCUACAAUAAAAUGGGGGCAGUCCUAGCAGUUCCUCUUGGAUUUUUCCUCUAUCAUCUUCUGACAACAGAUGAUUUGUCGCCUAUGCACGGUGUAUACAAUUUACCAAACCGAUUCUUUUGGUUGAAAAAAAUUACCAGUUGUUUCUACUUAAAAAUAAAAAGGUGGAUGUGUAAAAAACGAUUUGACUUGUAUGAUAUGAGUGAACUGACAGACUUAGUGAAAACUGGAUCCAUACCACCAGAAGAAGAGAAAGUAUUAGAGGAACCUCAAACAGAUGAACAUCUUUCCAAAAAUACUGAUGACAUUUUUUUCUACGGAGUGAAUUCCACGGGAGAAUGUCUUGUGGUUCAAAUGUGUAGGCUACAAAAUAAGAUGGUAGAAGUCAUGGUGUUAGUAAAAACGGCUGACGGUAGGUGUUACAGCUAUCCUGACAGACCAACGAAAACUAUCGUCAGUGGUGAAGGUUUUGCAGGAGGAGGGUUGAAGUUAAAGUGUGUAAAUGCAAUGAGAAAAUGGAGGAUUUCAUUCAAUGGCUUACUAAAAGAAUCCUGCAAAGGUUCAGGAAAAGACAGAGUGGUUCAUGUAAAAUUCAGUUUCAUAUGGUUAGCUAUGUCUAAUGUCCAAGAUCUGUCUACUGAUAUAGAUCUAACGGAAGCGUUAGCAAAAGAGCCUUGGUCUGGAUACUUACCAAAUGUUAGCAGCUUAGAAAAAGCUUUGAACAUAUAUGAACAAGGCGGACAACUCUUAGGCACUGUUACUGUUGAAGGACAAGAAGAAGAAUUUACCUUGUGGGGAACACGAAGACGACGUCUCGGACCUCUAGUUCAACUACAUCGUAGUGUUGACUUCUUUGGCUUCACCAAAAAUGGUGGAUUGUUCCACAUUGGUGCUGUGUCUUUACCAGGUAUUGUAUCUAACUUAAUAUAUGGUCACUACAUUCAUUCUAAUUCCAUGCUUUUCCCCAUCACAACGUGUAACUUUAAACUUCCACUAGUAGCAGAAGACAAGCAAGUACCACGUUUUGAGAGAUUUACCUUUGGAGCAGGUGAUAAGACUUUUCAGUGUACAGUAAACAUGCAGGACCAUUUGUGUGACUUUGUGAGUGAAAAUACCGAACAACACUUCAAACAAUGUACUAUUAAACUGAAUAGAAAUUAUGGUUCUGGUAUCACCGUUUUCAAAUAUGGAAUCAAUGAAGCAAUUACUCAACCUGUAUCUACCUUUAUGAAUAUAUUUCGAGAAUUGCCCAAGUUAGACUCACUAGUUGUAGACUUUGACGGUCCAAACUGUCAACAAACAACGCUCACGGGAGGAAAAGGUUCUUCUCUAGCCAAAUUAACUGCAAUAUCACGUCAAACUAAUUCUUUCAUUGUCCCAAAAGGUGUGGUUGUUACAACUUCAGCUUAUAAAGAAUUUAUUAAGAAAGGAAAGCUAUGUGAAGCAAUAACGAACUUGGAGGAAGUGGCAUGGUGUCACGUUACAGGAAACUUAAAGUACAUCUGUGAACAAGUGAUGUUGAAUGUUAGUACAACCAAGAUUCCUGAAGACGUGUCUGAAAUGAUUAAGGAG